AAAUUUCUUUUCAUUUCGGUCGGUCGGAAGUGUUUACAUCGGUUUGUGAGCAAAAAGUGAAUUCCUCAGCGAGGAAGUUAUGUUUUUCUUGUGAUUAAAGUGCUUUAUCGAAUUCAACAGUUAAUUGUUUCGUUGCAUUUACAAAUAAUCGGUGCACAUUUUGCCGCCUAAAUAUGGAAACCAGUAACAAUGGCUCUGUGAAGCUUGAGAAACACCUAAAGCUGCUAAAAGAAGAAUACACCAAGCUGCAAAAAAACUAUGCCGAAUUGGAACGAAAAUACAGUAAAGCCGCUGCAUCUAACGAUGACGUGGGCGAAUUCAGUAGCUUUGUGUCCCGUCUUGUGAUGACUGUCGCAACUCUGUAUGGACGUAAGACUUACUCGGACAUAACAGUAAAGCUUAAGGACAAAACUAUGCCCGCUCAUAAGUUUGUGUUGAACGCACGCAGCGAAGAAUGGCGCGAGGAAGUAAUAGCAGACAAGGCAGAGUUGGACUGGUCCGACCUGGAGGCCGAUGUGGGUUUCGCGCUACUUCGUUGGAUCUACACCGACGUUGUGGACCUGCAGCAUGAUUCGCUAGCAUUGGAUUUACUGAAAACGGCCCAUCGGUUCAAACUGCCAGGGCUGAUGGGUUUAUGCGAACGGGCCUUGGUGUCAUCGGUAUCGGUUCGUUCGUGUGUGCGAUUUUACUGUGUAGCCGAAGAAGUGGGAGCCGCCAAUCUGCUAGAGUACUGCUCCGGUUUGAUAUCGACCCACUGGGAUGAUUUGACUCCACAGGAUUUUGAGCAUAUGUCCGGUCCGUUGUUGUACAAAAUGCUCAAAAGUAAGACGAAACAUCCGUUGCAUGCUGCCGUGCGGUUGCUGCGUGAGGAUGUUGUUUUCCUGUGUUUGGUGGAGAACGAUGGCUCGUUACCCGAAAUUGUCAACAGCCUGUCACCUCAAGGCCAGCUGCCUCUAGGCCUCGCACUUAUGGGCCGAAGCAAAGCGAUCGCGCAAACUCUUCUGGAAACGGGUGGUGCCGAUAUAAAUGCCUUCACUUCUGAGGGUUGUACUCUCCUGAUCGACGCAAUCAAACGGGGCGACGGUUUCACAGCACAGUAUCUACUGGACAAAGGCUGCAAUGUGGAUUUGGUAACACGCGAUACCUCCGAUACAGCACUGCAUCUAGUGUGCACAUAUGCGGAGAAAAGCACAGACCCCGAAACAUUCCGCGACAUGCUGGAUAUUGGCCGCCAGCUACUGAAACGACGGGCUGAUCCAAAUGUGCAAAACACGAAGGGAUACACGCCGCUACAUAUUGCUAUCACCUCCCAGAAUAUCGACAUGAUCGAUGAACUGCUCAGUGACGGUGUGUUGAGUUUAGAUACCAAUAUCCGUACGGUGGAGGAAAAAUGUGCCUUGCAGUUUGCUUUAAUGCCACCUCAUACUGACGGACCGCCAUUUGAUUUGGCGCGCAGAUUACUGGAGAAAGGAGCAAGGCCUAAUCCUAUUAGUACCAACAAUGGCGACAGUUUACUCCAUUCACUGGCAAAGCACAAGUUUGAGGAAGCAGCUGUGUUCCUUGCCGAAUACGCAACUUUGAACCACAUAAACAAGGCGGGACUAACGCCCUUACACGUGGCCGCUAUGAACGAUUUACCGGGUCUUGUUAGCGCUUUGCUCGAACAGGGAGCUUCCCCGAAUCUGCAAUCGGGCGUGGCUGAGCUCAAAACUGCCUUACAUUAUGCGGUUGAAGCGAACAGUGCAGAUGUGAUAAACGCGUUCAUCGAAUAUAAAUCUGCAUCAGAAGAGCAAUCGGAGCCAGUUGAUUUCAACUUGAAGAAUGCGCUGGGAGAUUCGCCAUUGAGUCUGGCACUUGCCUUAGGCAAUAAUAAUCUGGUUCCGUUGCUUAUAAAGGGCGGAGCCGAUGUCAACGCCCGUAAUGGACAAGACAUGACGUUGCUGCACCAAGCAAUUCUGAAGGAGGAUUCAAACACAGCAGUUUUCCUACUCAAUCAAGGUGCAGACAUGAAUGCAUUGACGGCAGAUCAAGAAUCUCCACUCCAGUUGGCAAUCCAUUGUCGCUUACCGGAUGUCGUCGAUGCUCUGUGCAGUCGUGGAGUGUCGUUUAGUGCUCCAGAUAAUAAGGGAGAUUGCCCUCUCUGGUCUGCCCUGGAGUCGGAACAAUUCGAUAUUGCCGCUGUGCUAGUUCGACACGGAGUGGAUACAGAUUGCUGGGGUUCAGGUCCAGAGGGAUGUCUUCAGACACUGUUACAUCGUGCUAUCGACGAAAACAAAGAACAGGCUGCUCAGUUUCUCAUUCGAAGCGGUUGCGAUUUGGAUUCACCACGCCAACCAGGACCACACGGUCAGGGAGGGGAUGAAGCAAAAGACAAGGCUUCUCCGUUGCAUUUAUGUUGUCAGUGGGGAUUGAGGAACGUGCUUCACACUCUCAUCGAUCACGGAGCCAACGUAAAUGCUGUCGAUUGCGAUCUGAAAACACCGCUUCACAUUGCAAUAGAAAACCAGCAUGAAGAAAUUAUUGGUAUCUUGUUGUGCCAUCCAGGAAUCGAUUUGAAAAUUCGCGAUAAAUCUGGCAACACGCCGUUUGCAGCGGCGUUGCAAGUUAGAAACAACAAAGCUGCACAAAACAUCCUCGAAAGAUUACCUAACGCUGCCGAACAAAUGGACCAACGAGGCAGAAACUUUCUACAUUUAGCCAUCAUGAGAGAUGAUUUGGAAUCUGUUCUAUUUUUGCUUUCCAUUCAUGUCGAUGUCAAUUCUCGGGUUCACGAUGUUAACCAGACCACACCGUUGCAUCUAGCGGCUGCGUCCGAAAAGGAAAUGCUUAUUCGGAACCUUAUCCUAGCGGGAGCUCGAUUAAACGAUCGCGACGCAACACAAAAAACCGCCCUGCAUAUAGCGUCUGAACGCGGUACAUUGGCUGCCGUAUCUGCGCUACUCCAGAAUGGAGCCGACUUCGAUGCCGUCGACGGUGACGGGAAUAACGCUCUACACAUUGCCGUCCGAGAAGGUCAUAUAUCGGUCGUGAGGGAGCUGCUAACCGAGUCCGAACUCAACGCUGAAGCCGUCAACUUGAAGGGGAGAAAUGCUCUACACGAAUUGUGUCGUUGCGGGAAAGAUAAUACUGCUGCAGGGAUUCUAGAAUUGUUUCUGGAAUGCAUGCCAAAAUAUCCAAUCAAUGCGCCGGAUUUGCAAGGCAACACUCCAUUGCUACUGGCAUAUAUGAGAGGACAGGCCCAGAUGUGUCGGAUUUUGGUGAAAAAUGGUGCCUGUCUUGGGGCGGAAAACAAGGAAGGCGUAAACAUUUUCAAUUUUAAAUUAGCUACUAAUCAGUUGCUGCAUCGAUUAUUAGAUGAAUUGCCUCAGGAAUCUCCUUGGGCUUCAUCGGAACUUUGCCAGGAGUGUGGUACGAAGUUUACAAUCACGAUGAGAAAGCACCAUUGCCGUCACUGUGGCCGAAUCCUAUGUAGUCGGUGUUCCAACAACGACGUUCCGAUCAUCAAGUUCGGUAUGAAUAAACCGGUCCGAGUGUGUUGCGUUUGCUUCGAAGUGUUGCAGGUGGGCAGCGGUGCGUAAGUUCAGCUUUUUUACGUUAUUUUUCUAUAAUGUUUUAAACUAUUUGUUUACUUUGAGUAAAGCUAAUUUCCAUAGAUAACUAUUCGUUAUCUUCUUGAGACGUUUAACAUAAACGACCUCCGUUUUCGGCCGAACAAGAAAUGAAUAUUAUGUUUUUCAAAGAGCGUUUCUAAACGCUGACCCUUUACGGUAAGCUUAUUGUAGGUAAGAAUAUAUGUACCCGAGUAUUUAACUAAAUAAUCAGAUAUUCACAAUAUAUGCAAUUAUUACGGAGAAACUCUGAAAC